AAUAAAGAUUGAAGAAACAUUCAGUGUGAAACAUGAAGAUACUGAGGAACAAACAGACCUAAUGUCACUGAAAGAAGCAAGUCAUGAACUUAAUGAAAGGGAAGAAGAGAAAGAACAUUAUGAUAAACAUCAUGAUUUCAUGACUGGGGAAAGAUCAACACAGAUUUCCUCACAAAAAGGAGCUCAAAAGACAGGAACUAAGAGUUCCACACACAAAAAACACCUUAAAGUCCACAUGAGAAUUCACACUGGAGAGAAGCAUUUCACCUGCCAGCAAUGUGGACAGAUUUUCAGACAUAAAGGAAGCCUUAAAGACCAUAUGAGAAUUCACACUGGAGAGAAACCUUUCGCCUGCCAGCAAUGUGGAAAGAGUUUCAGUCAUAAAGGAAGCCUUACAGUCCACAUGAGAAUCCAUACUAGAGAAAAGCCUUUCACCUGCCAACAAUGUGGAAAGAGUUUCAGUCAUAAAGGAAGCUUUAUAGGCCACAUGAGAAUUCACACUGGAGAGAAACCUUUCACCUGCCAACAGUGUGGAAAGAGUUUCACACGUGAAGAAAACCUUAUAGUCCACGUCAGAGUUCACACUGGAGAAAAGCCUUACAUCUGCCAACAAUGUGGACAGAGUUUCAGUCAAAAGGGAAGCCUUACAGCCCACAUGAAAAUUCACACUGAAGAAAAGCUUUACACCUGUCAAGAGUGUGGAAAGAGUUUCUGUCAUAAAGGAAGCCUUACAGCCCACAUUAGAGUUCACAUUGGAGAAAAACCUUACACCUGCCAACAGUGUGGAAAGAGUUUCACACAAGAAGAAAACCUUAUAGUCCACGUCAGAGUUCACACUGGAGAAAAGCCAUAUAUCUGCCGACAAUGUGGACAGAGUUUCAGUCAAAAGGGAAACCUUACAGCCCACAUGAGAACUCACACUGGAGAAAAGCUUUACACCUGCCAAGAGUGUGGAAAUAGUUUCAGUCAAAAGGGAAGCCUUACAGUCCACAUGAGAAUUCACACUGGAGAAAAGCUUUACACCUGCCAACAAUGUGGACAGAGUUUCAGUCAAAAGGGAAACCUUAUAGGCCACAUGAGGAUUCACACUGGAGAAAAGCCGUUUACCUGCCAACAGUGUGGACAGAGUUUCAGUCAAAAGGGAAGCCUUGCAGCCCACAUGAGAAUUCACACUGGAGAAAAGCUUUACACCUGUCAAGAGUGUGGCAAGAGUUUUAGUCAAAAGGGAAGCCUUACAGUCCACAUGAGAAUUCAUACUGGAGAAAAGCUUUACACCUGUCAAGAGUGUGGCAAGAGUUUUAGUCAAAAGGGAAGCCUUACAGUCCACAUGAGAAUUCAUACUGGAGAAAAGCUUUACACCUGUCAAGAGUGUGACAAGAGUUUCAGUAGAAAGGAAAACCUUACAGUCCACAUGAGAAUUCACACUGGAGAAAAGCGUUUCACCUGUCAAGAGUGUGGAAAGAGUUUCAGUAGAAAAGGAAAACUUGAAAUCCACAUGAGAGUUCACACUGGAGAAAAGCCUUAUACCUGCAGUUUGUGUGGGAAUGGCUUCACACAGAAACAAAGCUUUAGGAAACACAUGAAUAUUCACACUGGAGAGAAGUGAUUUACAUGUGGUCAGUGUAGAAUGAGUUUCAUAUUUAAAGGUGACUGUUACGUCCAAGGACGUAUGUGUUUUUUUUUUUAUUAUUAUAUAAAAUGUUUGUGGUUGUGGUGUUCUCUCUUUUGUUUUCUCUCUUUUUUGUGUGUGUAUGCUUUCUUGACAGGUUAAGGCAGGGGUGGGGAACGUUGAUCCUGGAGGGCCAUUGUCCUGCAGAGUUUAGCUCCAACCCUGAAAAAAACACUCACCUGCCUGUAACUUUAGUAAUCCUGAAGACCUUGAUUAGCUUCAGGUGUGUUUAAUUAGGGUUGGAGCUAAACUCUGCAGGACAAUGGCCCUCCAGGAUCAACGUUCCCCACCCCUGGGUUAAGGGUUACCACCUGUGCUUUAUUGGUCAUGUGAACGCUGUUUGGGCACUGAUUGGUGCAUUUCCUGAUUACUAUGGCACAAAACUGCGGAGAGGGCAUUGACGAAGGGAGAGACAAUGUGGCAUGUGAUCUUUCGCUCUCCAGUCCCAAAGGAGUGUAGCGCAAGUCACACUUUUGGUUGUUGUGUUGGGUUAUAUGAGUUAUGUUGCUUUGAGUGGAUAAUUCCUAUCAUAUAUUUGUGGGUAAUGUAGGGUGGAGUAUUCCGAUAUCUUUUCUCCUGGUUAUGGUUUAGUUAAGGAGGGAGGGAAGUUAAAUGUUGUUUUGUUUCUUUCUUUUGGGGAUAGGUAAUUUAGUAUUAAUUCUUUUAGGUAGGGUUUUUUUGGGGGGGAUUUUCUUUUUAUAUGGGUCCUCCACUUGAGGUAAUUAUUCUGUUUUUGAAUUAUUAGUUAUCUUUUCAUUUCUGUCCACUUCAUACUCCUGCUCAAUAAAUAAAAGGCAGACAUGCCACUUAAAUUGAAAACCUAACCUUUGGUGGUUUUGUGACUCUAGGAAUGGAGAGCUAAAGAUAUUAAGUCUCUCCAUUUUUUUUUUUUUGUUCGUUCGAUUCCUAUUUACUCUGGAUAAAAAUGGGAGGACGUAACAAUUGGGGGCUCAUCCGUGCGCAAUAGGUGAAAGCCUUUCUAAAGAUAUGUUGGUAAGAUUCAAUUUACUCUCUUCUCUCUUUUGUUGUUUGGUAUGCAGAAAGGACCUCUUGUGGGAGAAGAAAUGGAAUUUGAUUUGACAGCUUUUACUCUUUCUCCUUCCACUGAGGUUUUUAACCAUUGUAGAAAAAAGGAUUUGCUAUUUAUUGCGGAUUUUUUUUAAUAUUCGGGUGGCGAGGGAAGCUACUAAGCAAGUUAUAAAGACAGAGUUGUACGAUAAGCUAGUGGAUGCUGGUAUUUUAGCUUCUUCUGUUUCUACAUUUGACAUCAGUAAGUAUGUUAAGCUUGUGCCUUCUUUCCGAGAAGCCGAAGUGGACGCUUAUUUCGUAGCUUUUGAGCGAAUAGCGGGUAAGCUUAACUGGCCUAAAGACGUGGGCUUUGUUACUGCAAUGCAGUUUAGUGGGUAAGGCGCAAGAAGUUAUUUCAGCUUUAAGCCUUGAGGAUUCGCUGGAUUAUGAUGUGGUAAAGGUAACAGUGCUUCGUGCAUACGAAUUAGUUCCCGAAGCGUAUCGCCAGAGGUUUCGGUUACAUGCGAAGACAUCCAAACAAACGUAUGUUGAGUUUGGAAGGGAGAAGAGAGCUUUGUUUGAAAAAUGUUGCCUGUCGAGUUUUUUGAACAACUUUGUGAAUUUGUUUUGCUAGAAGAUUUUAGAGUAUUCCUGAAAAAAUUUUGCAAUACUUAAUUGAACAGUUCACACUUGCUGAGGCUGCAGUAUCAGCUUAUGAGUUUAAAGUAUAAAGUAUUUAAGCAUGAGUUAACUCCUAAUAUUCCUUCAUCUACUGAAAGAUUUGUGGGGGAAGAGUCCCUUUCUCCAAAAUUUUCUCGCUCAUGGAAAAGCGGUGCUCGUCCUAAAAUGAAUGGUCAAAAUCCUGCGCAUCAAGGAGAUAGGCUGGCUUGUUUUUACUGCAUGGAUCCUGGACAUUUAAUUUCUGAGUGUAAGGAAUGGAAUAAAAAGAAUGCAGUAGGGAAAGCAAAAGGUGUUGCGCUUGCGCAGACGCUGCCAGGGUUACGAGGGGCUGAAACCUCUUAUGAACCAUUUAUGUUAAAUUGGCAGGUGUCACUUUCUGGUUCACAGUGUAAACCUAUUUCGAUGUUAUGAGAUACAGGGUCAUUCCAAUCGUUCAUACUUGAAAGUGCGCUGCCUUUCUCGGAAAGAUUGUAUACCGAUACGGAUGUGUUGGUGCGAGGUAUAGAAUUGGGCUGUGUACAGGUGCCUCUGCAUGAAGUUGAAUUAAAAUCAGGCCUUGUCUCUGGCAUUGUUAGGUUAGGUGUUCGCAAACAGUUGCCUGUUGCUGGAGUGGAUAUGUGAUAGUGAUGCACAAACCUAUAGUGAAGGAACAGCCUGAUAUAUGUAUUCACUUCCCUUCUGUUUUUCCAGCAUGUGCUGUGAAACGGGCUCAAGAUCAAAAAUAUCGUGAAGUUGUUAACAUCUCUGAUUUAUUUUUAAAUUCAGAGUCUGAGAUUGAAGAGUCUCAGUCAAGUGGAGCAAGUGAAGUAACUGAGACUUCAUUGGUCCUUGAAGUUCCGCUGACUGUUGGUAAGGAGAAGUUGGCGGCUGAGCAGAAAUCUGAUGUCUCUUUAGCCGAAUGUGUUAAGGCAGCAGUUAACGUGAAUGACAGAGUGGAUGUUAAAGUGGGGUACUUUUGAGAGAAUGAUGUGUUAAUGUGAAAAUGGAAACCACAUUAUGAUGUAAAGGGUUUGUACGAAAUUGUGUUGCCUUCUAGUUAUCACAUUCCAGUUCUAAAAUUAGCCCAUGAAAAUCCCAUGGCAGGUCAUUUAGGAGUAACAAAAACUUUUUGCCGCAUUUUUAAAAUAUUUCUUUUGGCCUGGUCUUCGGUCCUCCGUGGCUAACUUCUGACUCUCUUGUGACGUGUGUCAGCGUGUUGAAAAACCUAAUCAGAAGGUGCCUGUUGCCCCUUUGUGUCCUAUACCUGUUAUCGAGGAGCCCUUUGAGGAGAAUUAUUAUCGAUUGUGUGGGUCCGCUGCCCAAGUCCAAGUCAGGACAUCAGUAUGUACUAACAAUCAUGUGUGCGGCAACAAAAUUCCCUGAAGCAGUUCCCUUGCGUUUGUUAAAAGCCCAGACGGUAGUUAGAGACUUGUUUAAGUUUGUUACCACAUUUGGUUUGCCACGGGUAAUACAAAGUGACCAAGGCCACAACUGGCCACGACUGCCCCAUUAUGAAGGGCGAAGUAGAAUAGUCCAUGGAGCUCUCCAUGUUUGUUAGUACCUAAGCCUACUUAAGAAGGUAAGUACCCAAGUACCUAACUUUUAAAAAAAACCUUAAACAAUGGCUGAAAUCAAACCAGCGAUGUACCCAUAUGUAAAUAAUUUUCUCAUUGGAUGUCUGUUCAUGGUGGUCUUUUAACUUCUAUGUGACUGCUGUUUACUGUACUUAGUCUUUGUUGUUCUGUGUAAUAUGUCUACAUGCACGUUGUUAUGUUUGAAAGUAAUUUGUAUUUUGUGUCUUGUGAUACCUGCCUUAGGACAACGGAUGUAAUUUAGCUUUUGUGCUAAUUCCGGCAUAUUUACAUUGAUGCUUAAUGCUGAUUUGUUGAUCAAUGUGGCACUGUCCUAAUUCAAAUAAAUAAAUAAUAAUAAUAAUAAUAAUAAUAAAAAGCCAGACUCUACAUAUCGGUUUUGUACAGACUAUCGGAAAGUUAACAAUCUUUCAAAACCUGAUUCGUUCCCACUGCCCCGCAUUGAAGAUUGUAUUAAUCGGGUGGGAGUGGCAAGAUAUGUGACAAAGGAAGAUCUGUUAAAAGGGUACUGGCAGGUGCCUUUAACAGCAUGAGCUUCAGAGGUUUCUGCCUUUGUCACUCCCGAUAACUUUCUUCAUCUACGGUUCUUGCGUUCGGGAUGCGAAAUGCACCUGCGACAUCUUAAAGGCUGAUGCAGAAGGUUUAAUCUGACGUACCAAAGUGUGAUGCAUAUAUAGAUGAUGUGGUGUUGUAUUCCGAUAGUUGGACAGAGCACAUGAACAGUCUUGAGUUAUUAUUUACUCGACUGUCAGAUGCUUCUCUAACUAUAAAUCUCGCAAAGUGUGAAUUUGUGAAAGCAGAGGUGACAUACUUGGGAAAGUCGGGCAAGGAAGUGUGAGACCGGUAGAAGCCAAGGUUUCUGCAAUAAUAAACUAUCCCUCUCCAUCUAAUAAACGUGAAUUGAGACAUUUUCUUGGAAUGUGUGGGUAUAAUAGAAACUUUUGUCAAAACUUCUCUAGUGUGGUGUCUCCACUUACUGAUUUAUAUUCAACAGUAUUCUUGACAUUUAUUCAACAGUGCUUUGAUCUGCCUGCAUUGACACUAUUCUUUAAGAAUUAUAUACCAGUUAUCAAUGUAAAGCUGCUUUGACACAAUCUGCAUUGUAAAAAGCGCUAUAUAAAUAAAGGUGACUUGACUUGGCAAUAGAUCUAAGAUUUGAUGAUCAAAUUUAAGCUCAGUCAAAAACAAAGAUUUUUCACAAAGGAAAGUUUUUCCUCAGGAAGCAAUAACAGGUUGUUAUUAGAAUCCAUAUCACAUCCUCAGACAACAAACUCUGACUUGUCUUCAUUCAGUUGGAGAAAGUUGUUUGCCAACCAACACUUCACAUCAGCCAAACAGUUCAACAAAAACUCGAGAGAAGAUAGCUCCCCAUGUUUUAUAGAGAAGUAAAUUUGGGAAUCAUCAGCAUACAGAUGGUAAUUUAAAAUCUGAUGGUAAUCAAAAAUCUUAUCAUGAUUGACCGUAUUGAAAGCAGCACUGAGAUCUAACAAUGGAAGAAUAGGACUACCUGAAUCUAAAUCUAAUAAAAAGUAGCGAAAUCACAGCACAAGUGUAAAAGUAUCCCAAUCCCAGACAUGGCAACAAUGAGGCGAGCGUCUUUACAUGGCUAGCGGCUGUGUGACUGACAGCUGACAGUUGACGUUUGUGUGUGAAUUUUAAAGUUUUAUGACUUUGUAUUGGGUUUUGACAUGCUUCACUGCCGGCAACCACGGGACACUGGACCAAAAUAUGUAUAGUUAA